AUGGAUUCUUACGGUGAUAUGAACCGUGUUUUAAUCACGGAAGAUGUUGAUUCUCAAUGUGUUGAUAUGUUAACUGCUAAUGGAUUUUCAGUUGAAAAAGAUAUUAAAUUAGCUAAACAACCUCAAGAACAAUUAAUUAAACGACUUCAAGAAGUUGAUAUUUUAAUUGUUCGAAGUGCAACUAAAGUAACAAAUGCUGUUAUAGAAGGAUCACCACGUUUGAAAUUAAUCGGACGAGCAGGUACAGGAACAGAUAAUAUUGAUACUGAAGCAGCAACACGUCAUGGAAUCUUAGUUAUGAAUACACCGAGUGGCAAUACUCUUUCUGCCGCCGAGCAUACAUGUACUUUGAUUUGUUCUUUAGCUCGGAAUAUUUCAAAUGCAUGUGCUUCAUUAAAAUCAGGCGCAUGGAAACGAACAGAAUUUACAGGUGAAGAAUUAAAUGGAAAAACAUUAGCUAUAAUAGGAUUAGGAAAAAUUGGAAGAGAAGUAGCAAAACGAAUGCAAUCAUUUAAUAUGAAGACAAUUGGUUAUGAUCCAUUAAUAAAUGCUGAACAAAGUUUAACAUUUGGAGUAGAAUUUUUUGAAUUAAAAGAACUUUGGCCAUUAGCUGAUUAUAUAACAAUUCAUGUUCCACUUAUGGAUGGAACUUAUCAUUUAAUUAAUAAUGAAGUUUUAUUAUUAUGUAAACAAGGUGUAAAAUUAAUAAAUGUUGCUCGUGGUGGAAUAAUUGAUGAAAAUUCACUUCUUAAUGCUCUUAAUUCUGGUCAAUGUAGUGGUGCUGCUCUUGAUGUAUUUGAAGAAGAACCACCAACUGAUUUUAAACUUAUUCAACAUCCAUUAGUUGUAUGUACACCACAUUUAGGUGCAAGUACACGUGAAGCUCAAAAACGUGUAGCUAUUGAUUUAGCUCAACAAAUAAUUGAUUUUAAACAAGGACAUGCAUUAAUUGGUGUUGUUAAUGGAUCAGCAGUUACAUCACAAUUUGCACAAGGUAAUAGACCUAUUUUAUGUCUUUGUAAAAGAUUAGGACAAAUUAUUGGAGCAUCAUCAUUAUCAACACCAACUGAAAUAUCACUUUCAUUUAAUCAUACAGUAUCUAAGCAUUUAUUUGAAGCUCUUGAAAUUUAUUUUUCUUAUGGAUAUUUACAUGAAAAAGAAAAUAAACGGGUUAAUUUUGUUAAUGCUCGUCAUUUAUUCGAAGUUAAAAUGGAAAUGAUUGUUGAUAAAAAACAAGAAUUAAAUAAUGUAUUAGUUGUACGUGUUUCAGGUGAUAAUAAAAUAAAAGAAUUAUCUGGUACUGUUUCUGGUGAUCAUUUAUGGUUAAAUAGUGUUAAUCAAUGUCGUUUUACUGCUCAUGUACCACUUGAUGAUGAAAAUACUCAUGUUUUAGUUCGACCAUUAAAAGGAUCAUUUAUGGAUUAUCUUCGAGACAAUACAUUACAAUUGAAUAAACGUAUAUCGGCUGUUUUUGAUACAACAACUCCAACAGAAAAUAUUCAAGAUGAACGUUGGUGUGCCCUAAUUUUAUAA